AUGUCGCCUGCGAAAAACGAGAAGCCGUUAGCUGGUCCAGCGAACACUUCAGCACAAAUUCAACGAAUCUUUUCAGAAGUUCAAUCUCAAUUGCCAAGCGUCAACUUUGACGAUAAUGACGACGAUGAAAAUGACAACGAUAUUCCUGUAGUUCAUAUAAACGAAGAGAUUCUCGAUUCGAAUCUCCUUGACAAUACCGAUGCUCUUCUGGAAUCAUUGUCAAACAACCAUCCCAUUCAAUUUACAAUUGCACAGCCAAGGGUUGAGACACCUCAACAACCACCAACCGUUGAAUUCCAAAUGUGCGUUUCUCCUAAUACUGUUGACGAUUCGGUGGAAAAUCAAGCUUCACCACCAAAGCCAUCAUUUCUAUCGAUGGACAUCUUCAAUACAAUUGAUUUUGAUAAGUUGCCCUCUUCAACGAGCCACCCUGAGCAUACUACACUGACACAAACAUUUCAUCGUCCGCGACCAAUGAAUCAUCAUCCAUCAUCUCAACAACAAACAACUUCAAAGAGCCGCGAUGACCGGCAAAUUCUCGAACGUCUUGCCCAACAAGCAAACAAAUUCAAUUCAGCUGAACAAUCUCGUUCAACAAAAGAAGUCGAUUCAUUCGAAGACAUCGAAUCAGCGAUAUACGCAGCAUCGCAUGAAAACAUCGAUCGUCAUGGAAAACGAAUUAGAAUUCCUCAAUCUGAACGCAAAACAAUUUACAUUGAUUUGCGUAAUUCCAAUGCUCCUCAACAAGCGAAAGCUCAAGAUGAACAACUAUCAACUAAUCAAAUUAAUCCAUCUUCAAAGUCAAUCCAAUCAUCAGAUUCAGAAAGUGAAGAAGACGACAAUCAUAAUGAUGGAAUGCUAUGGUUUGAAAAACGACAACAAGCUCGAAAACAGCUACUAUCACAACAACCGAACUGA